UAUCAUUACAAAUCUCAAUUAGAAUUUAGAAGAGAGUGAGAGAGAACACUCCUUGAGCUCCACACAUCACAAAAACACUCUUGUGAAAACCCUUCUAGCCUAAAGCCUUGCUAAUAAACACUAACAUGGCCUCCCAAUUUGCUAGGGAUGUAAAAUGCAAGAGACUAAUGCACUGUGCAGCCUCUUAUGGAGAAAGAGGAAGCCAUUGUUCACUGUCUCGUCGCCAAAACUAUGGAUACCAUCCAAUCCAACCCGAAGAAGAGAACUUCAAUGAACAUCAUAAUCAUAAUAAUAAUAACUUUAACUUGGGAUGUGAAAAUGGUGCAAAACGUGGCACAAACCGAGGUAGACAACAAGCACAAAAGCUUCACAGGUUGGGCUUCUCGUACCUUGCAUCAUCUUUUCUUUACUUAGUCAUAAAGGUUAAAGCUUUCUACAAUGGGUUCCUUGGAGAUGUUACUGGUGAAGCCAAAAUGGGCAUUGAAGCACCUACUGAGGCAUAUUUCUCAGUGCCAGUUCUUCCAAAUUAACAAAGCUCCUCCUUUCUAGUAGUGGCAACAUGUUCUCGAUAUGUGUCUAGUUCACUAGUAUAUUAAUUAUCUGAAUGUUUAUAUUAUUAUUAAAAUUGAGUAGAACUUCGUAAUUAUGUUGCUGGCUAGAGUUGUACUUCUAUGCGCAGGUUUCUUAAAGAAGUUCCCUGCUAGCUUUUGAAGUAAAAAUACAUUUUUUGGGAACUGAUAAACAUGUAAUGAUGUAAUAAAUAAACUUUGAACAUAAUGUUACUAGUAUUUCGUUCUACA